GCAUUUGAAGCAACGACAUCCUACUCUGGUUUUGAAGAAGAAAGACUUUUUUCUUCUAAAGCAGAAUUACUCAAGCGGAUGAGACUGGAUAAAUCGGGAAGUUAUCACACAGAAGAGAUUUUGUACUCCCAAUCUUUGACAGCAGGUACUAGAUCUGAAGAUAUAUUUAAUUCAAUAUCAAAUUUUGUUGAAAAAAAUUAUUUGGUUUGGAAGAAACUCACCUGCAAUGAUAGGUGUACGAUCGGGCGUAGCUAAAAAGCUCAAGGGAAAAAUCCCGC